GUUUGGAUGAUGCAGGAUUGCUUUAAGCAGUAAGCUUACUGUUUUCAGAUGGCUUUAGCAGCAUCAGUGAUAUAGCUGUGUCAGCCUCCUUGAAUACUGGAUGUCUGUAAUAGCACAGAGGAAACUAAUAUUUAAGAUCUGAUAUCCUGAUGGCAAUGAGUUCAGCAGUUACUGAUGGAUUGAACAGCUGUUGAUGCUUUCUUCACUAAUACAGAAGAUGCUCAGAGGUAGAUGGUUGUGUGAGAUACUUUUAUAAGACAGGAAAUGCAAUAUUUGGGGGUUUCUGGAAAUAGGAAGGUCAUGCAGCUUGGAAUCAGUGAGCCAUUCCAGUCUCUAAGUCAUCAGAGAAAUGAUGAAGAGGCGGUUGUGGAUAGAGGUGGAACACGCUCCAUUCUCAAAACACAUUUUGAAAAGGAAGACUUGGAAGGUCACCGAACAUUGUUCAUUGGAGUUCACGUACCACUGGGUGGAAGAAAAAGUCACCGACGUCAUCGGCACCGUGGUCACAAACACAGAAAGAGAGACAGAGAACGAGAUUCAGGAUUGGAGGAUGGGAGAGAGUCUCCUUCUUUUGACACCCCAUCACAGAGGGUACAGUUUAUUCUUGGAACAGAGGAUGAUGAUGAAGAACAUAUUCCUCAUGACCUCUUUACGGAGCUUGAUGAAAUUUGCUGGCGUGAAGGAGAGGAUGCUGAGUGGAGAGAAACAGCAAGAUGGUUGAAAUUUGAAGAAGAUGUGGAGGAUGGUGGAGAGAGAUGGAGUAAACCAUAUGUUGCCACUCUGUCGCUUCAUAGCUUGUUUGAAUUGAGAAGUUGUAUCUUGAAUGGUACAGUUCUCCUGGAUAUGAGAGCUAAUUCCUUAGAAGAAAUUGCAGAUAUGAUUCUUGACCAACAAGUGGGCUCAGGGCAGCUCAGUGAGGAUGUUCGUCACAGAGUACACGAAGCUUUCCUUAAGCAACACCAUCACCAGAAUCAGAAAAAGCUAAGCAACAGGAUUCCAAUUGUCAGAUCCUUUGCUGAUAUUGGCAAGAAACAGUCUGAACCUCAUUCCAUGGAUAAAAAUGCAGGUCAGAUUGUUUCCCCACAAUCCGCUCCAGCCUGCAUUGAAAAUAAAAAUGAUGUGAGCAGAGAGAACAGCAGUGUUGAUUUUAGCAAGGUUGAUCUACACUUCAUGAAAAAGAUACCUCCUGGGGCUGAAGCUUCAAACAUUUUAGUUGGAGAACUAGAGUUCCUGGAUCGUGCUGUAGUUGCUUUUGUUAGGUUGUCCCCUGCAGUAUUGCUUUCUGGGCUAGCUGAAGUUCCAAUUCCAACAAGGUUUUUGUUUAUUCUUUUGGGACCACUGGGAAAAGGCCAGCAGUAUCAUGAGAUUGGGAGAUCAAUUGCAACACUAAUGACAGAUGAGGUAUUUCAUGAUGUAGCAUAUAAAGCUAAAGAUCGUAAUGACUUGGUCUCUGGAAUUGACGAGUUUCUUGAUCAGGUUACAGUUCUCCCUCCUGGAGAAUGGGACCCAACAAUUCGAAUAGAGCCACCCAAAAAUGUUCCUUCUCAGGAGAAACGUAAGAUCCCAGGAGUGCCAAAUGGGACAGCAGCUCAUGGGGAUCCAGAACCACUUGGAGGGCAUAGUGGACCAGAAUUGCAACGGACUGGAAAAGUUUUUGGAGGACUGAUUAUGGACAUCAAAAGAAAAGCUCCCUUCUUCUGGAGUGACUUCAGGGAUGCUUUCAGCCUACAAUGUCUCGCAUCAUUUUUGUUUCUCUACUGUGCUUGUAUGUCUCCUGUCAUCACCUUUGGUGGUCUGCUGGGAGAAGCAACUGAAGGUCGUAUAAGUGCAAUAGAAUCUUUGUUUGGAGCAUCCAUGACUGGAAUAGCCUACUCGCUCUUUGGUGGACAGCCUCUUACAAUACUAGGCAGCACAGGACCAGUUUUGGUGUUUGAAAAGAUAUUAUUCAAAUUUUGCAAAGAGUAUGGGUUGUCAUACCUUUCUUUGAGAGCCAGCAUUGGACUAUGGACUGCAAUUUUAUGCAUCAUCCUUGUUGCAACUGAUGCAAGCUCCCUAGUCUGUUACAUUACCCGGUUUACUGAAGAAGCUUUUGCUUCUCUUAUCUGCAUCAUUUUCAUUUAUGAGGCCUUAGAGAAGCUAUUUCAUCUCAGUGAAACAUAUCCAAUCAACAUGCAUAAUGAUUUGGAUCUGCUGACUCAAUACUCAUGCAGUUGUAUGGAGCCAGAAAAUCCUAGCAAUAAAACCUUGCAAUACUGGAAGGACUACAAUAUCUCUGCAUCUGAUGUACCAUGGGGAAACGUAACUUUGUCAGAAUGUAACAAGUUUCAUGGGGAGUUUGUUGGACGGGCCUGUGGACAUCAUGGACCUUAUGUUCCGGAUGUUCUCUUCUGGUCAGUCAUCCUAUUCUUUUCUACAGUAAUGCUAUCAUCCACGCUGAAGCAGUUCAAGACUAGCAGAUAUUUUCCAACAAAGGUGCGAUCUAUAGUCAGUGACUUUGCCGUCUUUCUUACUAUUCUGUCUAUGGUCUUACUUGACUAUGCCCUUGGAAUUCCAUCUCCAAAGCUUCAGGUUCCAAAUGCCUUCAAGCCUACCAGAGAUGAUCGGGGCUGGUUUAUCACCCCUUUGGGACCUAAUCCUUGGUGGACUGUGUUAGCUGCCAUAAUUCCAGCUUUGCUUUGUACUAUCCUUAUCUUUAUGGACCAGCAGAUUACAGCCGUUAUUAUCAACCGAAAAGAGCACAAACUAAAGAAAGGGUGUGGAUAUCAUCUCGACUUGUUGAUGGUGGCAGUCAUGCUCGGAGUAUGCUCCAUUAUGGGACUGCCAUGGUUUGUUGCUGCCACUGUGCUCUCUAUUUCCCAUGUGAACAGCUUAAAAUUAGAAUCGGAAUGCUCUGCUCCAGGAGAGCAGCCCAAGUUUCUUGGAAUACGGGAGCAGAGAGUUACAGGGCUCAUGAUAUUUGUCCUUAUGGGCUCGUCGGUCUUUUUGACAAGUGUUCUUAAGUUUAUUCCUAUGCCAGUACUCUAUGGAGUCUUUCUUUACAUGGGUGCUUCAUCUCUGAAGGGAAUUCAGCUCUUUGAUCGAAUAAAGUUAUUCUGGAUGCCAGCAAAGCAUCAGCCAGAUUUUAUUUAUCUGAGGCAUGUUCCUCUUCGAAAAGUCCAUCUCUUCACUGUAAUUCAGCUGAGCUGUCUUGUACUCCUGUGGAUUAUAAAGGUUUCAAGAGCUGCUAUAGUCUUCCCCAUGAUGGUUUUAGCAUUGGUGUUCGUCAGAAAACUCAUGGAUUUCUUUUUUACCAAACGGGAGCUCAGCUGGUUGGAUGAUUUGAUGCCUGAGAGCAAGAAAAAGAAACUGGAGGAUGCUGAAAAAGAGGAAGAACAAAGUAUGUUAGCAAUGGAAGACGAGGGAACAGUUCAGUUACCAUUAGAAGGACAUUACAGAGAUGAUCCAUCUGUAAUAAACAUUUCUGAUGAAAUGGCAAAAACUGCUGUGUGGAAGACCCUGCUGAUAUCUUCAGAGAAUGCAAAGGAUAAGGAGUCAAGCUUUCCCUCUAAAAGUGCUGAAAUCAGAAGAGAGAAGAAAGCUGACUCAGGGAAAGGUGUUGACCGGGAGACUUGUCUAUGACUUGUUCUUCAAUUUAUUUUUACAAAAUGAAUGAAAGGAGUGCCACAAUCAUUGAUAUAACUGAUUUGACCAUGCAUUGUAAAUUUUGUCUUUCAUCCCAGACUAGCACAGGUAAUGUAAGUAGUGCAAUAUUUGUUUCAUUUCACGGUUGUCUAAAUGUCUACACAGUCAAAUAUCUGUGUAAAAAAAAUCUACUGUAGCCAUUUCCAAAAUCUUCACUUUACUUGCUGGGUAUUGGACAUUUAAUCAGUAUGGAUUUCAUGCCAUCAAUUUAGUAAGCAAAGUUUCUUGCAAAUUUUAUUUAAUUGCUAGUAGGCUUGUACUGUAUUUUACUACUUUACCUGUGUGCAAAUCCUGAAUAUCUAAUUUCAUUCCAGACUAACUUGAAACAGAGACUCAGUUCUUUUUUUAUUUUUACAACUUAGCUCUAAUAAUUUAAGGAGACCCAAAUUAACAAGUAAGAACCAAUUGUAAAGAUAUUUUUAAAAUAAUAACUGGCCUGACCCUGCAACCGUGCAUUAGGAUAUUCCUUACCCAUGUGAGUUGUCCCAGUGAAAUCAAGGAUUACUCAUGUGAAUGAGGAUUGCAGGAUCACAUCCUAUAUUUGUGCAGUUUUCUUGAUUUAAAACUGAAUAUUUAAUAUUCAAUUUUUUACAUAACUGGAACCACAAAGUCAUAUCCUAUAUAUAUGUUCUUGCACCUUGUUUGAAAAAUCACAUCUGUUGAUGUGAAAUAUUCAUACAGUAUUUGCUAAAAAUGCAAGCUGUGAUUACAAUAUCCAAUAAUGUACUGUAUUAAAUGUUGCUGUGGUAGGUCAAACCUGCAGUAUAAUGUUAAUGAACCCAUUAUUUUAUAUUAGUGGGAGUUUUGUAGAUAUAAAGCUUUACCAGAAAUAUGCAGUUUUUGACCCUCCCAGUGGUGAUCAGUUAUUUCUAGUUUACAACCUAAUAUACCACCCACAAAAUUACACAUUAAAUUGCAUAUUUAUUCUUCUACUAGCAAUCAUGUAUUUCUCUACUCUAGAGAUGAAUAAUGUAUUAGAGACUUAGAGGUGUCCUCCUGUUAUUUUUGUUACAGGCAGUUUUCACUCUUCCAUUAAAUGCAUGUUGAUUAAAAAUAAAGCUCAACAUUGCAAAUUAAGACAUGGCUUAAAGCCAUUACAAAUAAGUCUUUCCAGUACAUACCAAACAGAUUUUGCUAUGGACCCGAUUCUUACUCAAGCCAAAUUUCUGUGUAAACAAGGACUGCAAGAUCAGGCUUUCAAAGCAUUAUUCAAAGUCACUAUUUUUACUUUUUUAUUUUUUUAAAACAAAUUUUAAAAUGAUUAAGGAAUUCUAAGUCCUAGGAAUGAGGCAAUAGUUUUGCAGUCUCUACAGUAAUUAAUUUAUAGGGCUUUAAGGUUUCUUAGUUUUUCCAUUAUACUAAUAAUCUCUUCAUGGAGCUGACAGGAAUGAUUUUUUCAUAGCCAAUGUGGUCAACACAUUAAAACAUUCCUUUUAACUCUGUUUUUACUAAUUCAGCCACUGCAGAAAAGACUGUAACUGCAUUCUGUUGCGUUGCAAAUAAAUAGGCUCACUGUUUUAAACUCUACUGAGUAUUAUUAAAGCCCUUUAAAGGUCAUUUUUAUGGAAAUUAUAUUUAAUGGAUGCAAAGAAGGAUUUACAUUUACUAAAACUAUUGUUUGUAUUUAUAAAUUUCUGAAUAAAUACAGAUGCAUUAAGGUAUAAAUGCUUUGGUUUUGUGUACUUGAUACAUUGUAACAUUCCAAUUGUUUUAAAAUUAGAAUAGAAGUAUAAUACCAGUUUGUCCCUGGAAGCAGCCUGCUGGUGUUUUAAUAUGUUGCUGACUUUCUGUUACAGAUGAUCAAAAUGUAUUUGAAGUUUCACAUGACCAACUCUUAGGAUAUUAAGAAAUCAGUGUAUUCAAUGGCAUUCUGUACUUCUGUUCAGUAUUUGAAUAUUUUUUUACAGUCAUUCAGUUCUUGUGUGGAUUUUAAAGCUACUUCAAUGUUAAUCUCAACAUUUUGAAACCACACACAAUAUAAUGCAAAUGUAGUGUUAUAUAUUUACUUCUAAUUUCGUAUUCCUGGUCAAAACUACCAAAUUUCAUGGAUGUAAUUUAUUAUAAAAGUUUAAGUAAUGUGAACAUGUGAAUAGACUAUUGUGUUUUUCACAAAUAAGAGAUGUUAUGUGGAAAUAAAUAUUUAUCCUAACUAA